AUGGCCGCCUCCCGCGAGCGCUCCUUGCCCGCCGUCCUCCUCGUUCUCGCGGCCAUCGCCUCCCGCGCGGCAGCGCAGACGCCGGGAGGCCCGGGUCCGAGCAACUCGAUGAGCUUCUCCGACGUGAUGACCAUCUCCUUCUUCAUGGCCAUUUUCUUCCCCGUCUUCGUCGUCCUCCUCGCCUUCGCCUGCCUCCGCAUGUUCCGGCCGCACGACGAGCCCCCGGCCAGCGAGAGCUCGUCGUCGUCGGCGCGGUCGCGGUCGCGCCACAAGGAGGGGCUGGACGCGGCGGAGAUCGCGGCGCUGCCGCUGGUGUCGUAUCGCGACGUCAGGCAGCACCGGAUCGGCGCCAGCCGGGUCGACCCGCUGGAGUGCGCGGUCUGCCUCCUGGAGUUCGACGACGACGACAGCCUCCGACUCCUGCCGGCGUGCCCGCACGCGUUCCACCCUGAGUGCAUCGGCCUCUGGCUCGAGAAGCACGUCACGUGCCCGCUCUGCCGCGCCAGCGUCCUCGACGCGCCGCUCCCUGACCCCGAGGAGCCGACGCAGCCCCCGUCGCCGGAGGGCACGCCGGCGGCACCCGAAUCGCCGCCGCUCCGGCAAACGGAUCACGACACGGUGGUGCUCAUCGAGGACCCCGGCUGCAACGGCGAGGAGGACGACGGGACAAGGGACCUCGCGAGGACGCGGGCGCUGCCGCAGCGGUCAAACUCGACGGGGCACGAGCGCGGCGGCGGGACGGAGCACUUCGCGCUGCGGCUGCCGGAGCACGUCCGGGUCGAGAUCCUGAUGUCGCACAGGCUGAGGCACGUGACGAGCGCGGUCGCGUCCGUGCGCGUGAGGGAAGGGAGCGCCCACGACCCAGCCGCCGGCGGAGGCUCAGUCCGGGCCGCCGUGGCGAGGCUGCUCUCGCUCUUCGCGCCGGGUGAUGGGUGGAGGGGAGGAGACGACGAGGAGAAGUCCGGCGGGUCGUCUCGCCGGCGGCGCGACGAGUCUGCCCGCGGCGCAGGGGAAGACAAGAGAAACGAUUGAUGUAAUGGGGAGAAAAGGAGAGCGCGGUGGGGUUUUGGCUUCCAAAGAUUAGCAGCCCAGUGUGUGUCGGUUUGGUUGUGACGGGGACUGCAUCAAUUUUCAUUUGGAUUUUCAAGAACGA